AUGGGAAAAUCAGGAGACGAUGCACCGGCCAUCGGCAUUGACCUCGGAACAACGUACUCAUGUGUCGCCGUUUGGAAGAAUAAUCGCAUCGAAAUCAUUCCUAAUGCUCAAGGAUAUAGAACGACACCGUCUUGUGUUGCUUUCGUUGAUGCAGCACGUCUCAUUGGUGAUGGCGCCAAGAACCAAGCUGCCAUCAACCCUGCUAACACCAUAUUUGAUGCUAAGAGGUUGAUUGGAAGGAGGUUCAGUGAUUCCAAAGUGCAGGAUGACAAGAAAUUGUGGCCUUUUAAGGUGAUAGAAGGUCCUUCCGACACACCAAAAAUAGUUGUCUCCUACAAAGGUAAAGCCAAAGAAUUUUUGGCGGAAGAAAUUUCAUCGAUGGUUCUUGGAAAGAUGAAAGAGAUUGCUGAGUCAUACGUUGGAAAACCAGUAAAAAAUGCUGUGAUAACAGUCCCAGCGUACUUUAACGAUUCACAACGUCAAGCAACAAAGGGUGCUGGCACUAUUGCUGGACUCAAUGUCAUUAGCAUGAUCAAUGAGCCUACAUCAGCUGCAAUUGCUUAUGGUCUAGAAGAGUCCCUCAAAAUGAAAGAGAAAGAGAAAAAGAAGAAGAAUGUGGUCGUGUUUGAUCUGGGUGGUGGCACUUUUGAUGUCUCUAUAUUGACUAUGGUAGAAGGGGAUGUCGGUACCUUUGAGGUGAAAGCCGUUGCUGGUGAUACUCAUUUGGGAGGCGAGGAUUUUGAUAACCGCAUGGUGGAUCAUUGUGUUAGGGAAUUCAAAAGAAAAUGGAAGAAAGACUUAACACCCAACAAAAAAGCAUUGGGGAGACUGAGAUGUGCUUGUGAGAAAGCAAAAAGGAUUCUCUCAAGCGAUACUCUCACUUCAAUCGAGCUAGAUUGCUUGCAUGAGGGGAUUGAUUUUUCUAUGAAAUUCAGUCGAGCUAAAUUUGAAGACAUCAACAUGGAUUAUUUUGAUCGGUGCAUCAAGACUCUGGAGGCAUGUUUAAGCGAUGCAAAGAUCAAGAAACCGGAGGUAAACGAGGUGAUUCUUGUUGGUGGGUCAACUAGAAUACCAAAGGUCCAAUGUAUGUUGCAAAAACUUUUCUAUCAGAAGGAGCUAUACAAAAGCCUAAACCCCGAUGAGGCUGUAGCAUACGGUGCAGCGGUUAUGGCUGCAAAGUUAAGCGGUAACAGUGAUAAAAGGUGUCAAGAUUUGGUGUUAUUAGAUGUCACCCCUUUGUCCCUUGGUAUAGAGGUAAGAGGCAAAAAAUUUAACGUGGUGAUCCCAAGGAACACUCCAAUACCUACAAAGAUAUCCAAAAUUUAUUGUACAACCAAAGACAACCAAUCUUGUUGGGAAAUCAUGGUGUAUCAAGGUGAAAGAGCCAAAUCUACGGAUAACCACUUGUUGGGGAUGUUCAGAAUUUCUGGAAUACCCCCGGCUCCAAAAGGAGUUGUAAACACAAUUGCGUGUUUUGAAAUAGAUGCCAGCGGUAUCCUCACAGUCACAGCGGGGAUAUUAUCAACCGGUAAGAUGAAUAAACUCAUGAUUACCAAUGAAAACAGAAGACUCUCAAAGCAAGAGAUCGAGAAGAUGGUAAAAGAUGCUGAAGACUACAAACACGAGGACAAAGAAUACAAAAAGAAAGUAGAUGCAUUCAAUGCUCUAGAGGAUUGCAUAUACGACAUGAAAAAUAAGAUUAAGAAUAUGGCUUACAGUGAGAGGUUGAAGAUGAUGGAGCACAAGAUUGCUGACGCGACCAAGUGGAUCGAGCACCACGAAGAUGCAUCCAUUGAUGAGGUUCAGGCAAUGAAGGAAUAUCUGGAGUCCAUAUGCAUGCAAGAAUUUUAG